AACGGACUUUAGUGUGAAUUAGGCUUAAGUGUGGUGACAUCACUGCGUGUUUCCUGCCCAGUCGUGUAACAGUCAUGGCACAGUGUGGGUUGCUGUUGAUUGUUUCGUUUUGCGUGCUGUUUACUGUUGCUCAACCUCAAGAUGAGGAUGAAGGCUCGGCUUUGAUACCUAUUCCUGUGGAGCGAGAUGUAAAGUAUAAGUUGAUUGGGAAAUCUUGCAGCCACACAUGUGGUGGAAGUGGUUCUCGGAUAGUUUCUCCACAGUGUGUUCUGGAAGGUGACGAUGGUGAGGAUAGGAUUGUGGAUAUUAGCCUCUGUGCAGACCAAUACAAACCUCCUGCAAGACGCGAGCCAUGCAACAGGGUUUCAUGCCCUGGCAGAUGGGCAGAAGGUGAAGCAAGUCCUUGUUCAAGUUCUUGUAUUGGAGAACAGAAAGUAGAUGUGUACUGCAGCCAAGAACAGGCAAAUGGCAUGAUCAUGAGGGUUGAUGAUACUAUUUGCGAACGUGAUAGUUUUGAAAUUAAACCAAGAGAAACAAGAACAUGUGGAGUUGAGUGUGCAGAAUACAGGUGGAACUACGAGACAUAUGGAGAGUGCUCUAGCAAGUGUGGCCCAGGAAUACAGACACGUGAAUAUUCCUGCAUUAAAGACACGAGACUGAGAGAGAGACGAGUUCCACUUAGUGAGUGCAUUAGCAGAGGACUGCCACACCCAAUCCUUACUCGAUCAUGUGACCCACCCAACAACUGUCGUUAUGAUGUCACUGCGUGGAGUCCCUGCUCUGCAACAUGUGAUGUUGGUAUUGAAAUGCGCACAGUCUCAUGUUUCAAAGAGAAACAGUCUAAUGGACAAGCUAAAAUUGAAGUUGUUUCUUUAGACGACUGUGCUAGGGAUUUCUCACUUCAUAAGCCUGUGACUGAAAGAACAUGCUAUCGACCAUGUCCAUGUGAAAUACCAAGAUGGGAAGUCGGAAGAUACUCUGAUUGUCCAGUUUCUUGUGGAGGUGGACCCACUGCCUAUCAACAGAGGUAUGUGUAUUGCCAAUGCACACUUCGUGGGAGAACACAAGUGACCUCUGACAGCGAUUGCGCUGGACAAGAACAGCCAGCUGACAGAAGAGAUUGUGGGCAGGAUGCAUGCCCAUGUGUUUAUCAUCGUUGGGUGAAAGGCUCGUAUGGAGAUUGUUCACGAACAUGUGGUGAAGUCGAACAGAUUGGAAAGAAAGAAAGGAAGGUUGAAUGUAUCUGUUAUCUUAAUGGAGUAAGAACAGUGGCUAAUGAAACAAAAUGUGACCAACGUUCAAAGCCACGCACAGCAAUAGACUGCUAUCCUCCAGUGUGUCCAUGUUUAGAUCCUCAUUGGGUCACCGGUCCAUAUGACGUUUGUUCAAAGGCAUGCAAUGGAAUACAGACUCGUCGUGUUGGCUGUCAAUGCAGAAGUGACAAUCGGAGACUAGAUGACAGUGUGUGUCUAAGAAAUCUUCAGUCACCAAAGCCAUCAACAGCACGGCGUUGUAAUGAUAGCUGUGUAUGCAGGGACUAUCACUACACCACAAGUCAUUGGUCCUAUUGCAGUGUGAGUUGUGGGGAAGGUGUACAGGCAAGAAACGUUAAAUGUACUUGUGAAAGAGAGAACAUAUAUGAAGACGUGAAGAAUAAAACUUUGUGUGAGGAACAAAUUGGGAUACGAUACCCUGACGAGGAACGUCCCUGUUACAUUCCAUGUCCUUGCCAUUAUGAGUAUGAUGUCAGUCCAUGGUCACAAUGCAUUCCAGAUCGAUGCAAUGGCUACAAAACUCGAAGUGUGAGUUGCAAGUGUAACAGUGUCAAGGCCGAUAUUCGUCAUUGUGAUGCUCAGUAUCUCAGGAAGCCAGGGGAAUGGAGGCAAUGCAAGCAAUGCUCAUUUAGGUGGGCUCGAAGUGAGUGCAAGCAAAAUUGUCGUCGUCGUCGUCGCGUUGCGGUGUGUAAGAAUGCUGAAACUGGAGAGACAGUACCAGAUAUUUAUUGUUCUGGUCAAGCUGGCAUGGAAUAGAGAUGAGCAACUCAAGAAGUGUGACUGUCCAAGAUCUUUGUCUUGAACUCAAAUGUCAUUACCAGCUGAAUCUGAGUAAUUGAACAAAUUACUACUGUAGUAUUUGAUUGAGCUACUGUAGCAAGUAUGUGUAAUUUAGACGAUGAAAUGGAAUGAUAUUAAGAAAUUCAAAGGCAUGGCUGACAAAUUGACAAAAA